AUGGGCCGGGCGCCAGGCUGCUGGGUGUCAGGGCACCCGAGGGAGCCGGAGGUGGGGCGAGGCGUGGCGCGGCGCCGCAUGCUCCCCUGGCCCUGCAUGGCAACAGGCAAUGGAGCUCUAGGUCCCUUCGGGAGCGGACCCACGCCCGGUUUGAGAGGCAGCGGGUGGCAGAGGAGGGAGGGCAAACUGGCAGCCCCUGGCAACCUGGGGCUGACGGCAGGAGGCUGGGCACACCGCGGAUUUCCCUCCGCCAGCAGGAUGGUGAACCUGGAGUCUGUGCACGCAGCUGUCCCCGAAGGAGAACGUGGCCCCGGGUGUGGUGGCAGCCAUCACUUCAAGGAGAUCAAGAUGAGCGGUGAUGCGGCAGAUUCCACAGAUACUCGGCACGAACCUGACCAGGUGGAGCCAGGAAAUGAACAGAAUGGGCUGGACUUUAACAGGCAGAUUAAAACCGAAGACCUCAGCGACUCCUUGCAAUCUACAAUCCCCCCUAGGUCAGGUCACCUUGUGCAGGGAUCAUCAAUGAUGCCCGGAAGCCAAAUCGCAGGGGAUAUGAGCUCUCUUCACACUCUGCAGCAGCUUGUAUUGCUUCCCGGUCAUAUGCAGUCAGUGCCCCAGUUUCUUCUGUCUCAAUCUCAGGCCGGGCAACAAGCUUUGCAGCCAAACCUCCUCUCCUUCCCUCAGCAACAGGGCAGCCUUCUCCUCUCACAACCGGGACCCAGCCUGGCAUCACAGGCUGUGGGCCGUUCUGGACUCCCUGGCUCAUCGGUUGAACCCCACCUGGACGUACCCCAGCAUUUGCAAGUGGCAAAGCACCUAACUCCUUCAGGAGCAUCUGAGGAACCCAGUGACCUGGAGGAGCUGGAAAAGUUUGCUAAGACUUUCAAACAAAGGCGAAUCAAACUGGGAUUCACGCAGGGUGACGUUGGACUUGCCAUGGGGAAGCUCUAUGGCAAUGAUUUCAGCCAGACCACCAUUUCCCGCUUUGAGGCUCUCAACCUGAGCUUUAAGAAUAUGUGCAAGCUCAAACCCCUGCUGGAGAAGUGGCUGAGUGAUGCAGAAUCUGCUCCUUUGGAUUCUUCCAUGAGCACUCCGAAUUCGUACCCCUCAGUGAAUGAGAUGUUUGGACGGAAAAGAAAGAAGCGAACCAGCAUUGAGACCAACAUUCGUUCCACGCUGGAGAAAAGAUUUCAAGAUAACCCCAAGCCCAGUUCAGAGGAGAUAUCCUUGAUAGCAGAGCAGCUUUCCAUGGAAAAGGAGGUGGUUCGGGUCUGGUUCUGCAACCGGCGCCAGAAGGAAAAACGGAUCAGCUGCCCGAUGCCAUCCCCCAUCAAAUCACCUAUCUACAAUUCCAGACUGGUCUCUACCUCAGGGUCCUUGGGGCCCCUUUCUGUCAAUCCAGUGCAUAGCACCAUGCCUGGGACUGUAACAUCAUCGUGUUCCCCAGGGAAUUCCAGCAGGCCCUCGUCCCCUGGCAGUGCGCUCCAUGCCAGCAGCCCCGGCACAGCCCAGAGCAACUCCAAAGCUGCAAUGAACUCUUCUGGUUUCAACUCUUCAGGAUCUUGGUACCGAUGGAAUCAACCUACCUACCUCCACUGAGACGACUCCUCCGUCAUGUGUAAAAGGAGCUCUGACUUCUAGCUAUGGACCAGCUUCUCUAGGAACAAUGCUUGGGGCAACAUCUGGUGUUCCAGUGCCUUCAAAAUGCUGCCAAAUGAAGGUCUUGUUUAAGGGAACCCACAGCAGCGGAACUCUCCAGGGACUCAAACUGCAGCUGACCUUCCCCAAGGAUUCUCAACGCCAACAGUGACAUUAUAAUACUCUUCCAGGCAUUCACUUCAAGAACGAGCCCUUGCUUAGCACUAUUAGCAUGAAACACUGCCCUCUGCUUGCAAAUCUCUGCAUUCACACUGGAUUGCCUGUCAAUCUCUAAUCUGGAAGGAUUUCUGUGUCAGGACCCUCUUUUCCCCUCACUCAUUUCAGAGCUUCCCGUAAGAAGGGUCUAUCAUGCUGUUACUAUCACGCACACAUACCGUAAACCCCCAAACUGAGCCGAGGUUACCCAGUUCAUUUCACAAGAGACCUGUGUCUAGAUGUGAGCCUUGGUUUUCAAUAGACUUUCAAGGUCAAUGGCACUGUGCUUUAUCCACUGCCAAACUUGCUUUGCUUUGAGCCAUUCUGCUCUGUUUCUAAAGGUGCUUUUUUUUUUCUUUUUUCUUUUUUUUUUUUUUUUUAAGUAAGUAUUUUAGAGCCUUCUUAUUUUUUCCUUUUAAAAAAAUUGUUGUCUUUUGCAAAAUUUGUGUCCAGGUCUUGUUAUUGUUCACAGCUGGCCUCACUGCCCCACUGGAGGAUGUCACUGUUCGAAAACCUUGGGUGAACUUCUGACUCCGUUGAACACAAAAGCAGUUUGUGUUGAUUUGAUGGGACAAGGAUUAGUCUUGACCUUCCCUUCUUUCUUUCAUUCAUCCUUUGGGUUUUAUCUGAUACCAAACAAAAGCAACCUCUCUGGAGUAGAGGUGUGCAUGUGUUCUGGUCUUUCCUGAAUUGUAAGUAAUGUAGCUUGCCUGUUCUCUGCAGCAUGCUCUUCUGUUGUAUUGGUCAGGUGUGAAUCUUGAGGUUUGUGUGCGCAAGUGUUUCUUAAUUUCAUGAGAUGCCAAAGUGUAGGAAACUUCAACAUUCACAGCAUAUCACCAGGGAAAUUGUUGUCACUUUGCAACUCUCCACUUGAACAGAGGUAGAUAUUUAAUUUUGUUAAAGUAGACUUGAGUAAUACAAAUUCCUGGUCAGGUUGUCUAUGGGUACAAGUAAUUAAUUCAGUGGAACUAGAGUAAAUGAGUGUCUGGUUCACAGAUUGUAAAUAGACAUUUUUGAGUAGUAGUCUUUUUUUCUGAUGGCUUUUUUUUUUUUUUUUUUAGGUAAAUGUGAGCUUUUUUUUUAAAAAAAAAAAAAGUAAAAAUUAUCCUUUGUCACUUCUGGGGGAAAAAAAAUAUUUGAUCUGUUUCUUCUUAUCCUACUCAUUCAGUCCUGUGUGAUGAAUUAUUGCUACAGGGAGUCUGUGGACCUGAAGAGUUUAUCAGCUACCUUCACAACAAGUGUUGAGCCCUACAUGCCCAUUGUAUAUAGAACUGCAUUUGUUGCUUUGAGUGAGGUUUUGUUAUAGAAGCAGACAUUGAUAAUAAUGAGAGAGGACUGGAAAAGAUAAGGUAACGUUUCUUGAAAAAUGGAAAUUAAGAAAAAUAUUUCUUUUUUAAAAAUACUAAAGUAAGCUUUUUCAAAAUGUUCUAACACAAAAAAGGGAGAAACUGUAUUUCUGUUUCCUAGAUUCCCCACCGCCACUCGUUUACCUCUAACUGAAACACUUUCAUCAUAUCUGUUUUUCAGUGGAAACAUUAAAAUUAAAUGAAACUUUUUUUUUUUCCCCAAAAAAAUCUGUUGUGAUUUAAAAAACAUUUUAUGUUGGGAAAGCAAGAAAUGUAGAUGGGAAGUAUUCUAACUCUCCUGAUUGCUAUGGCCCUUCUUUCUGCCAUUAAUUAAAUUUUCUUACAUGCUUGGAGGGUUGAUUUCAAGCCUUGUUCUCCAUUGCUUUCCAACUAUAUUUAGAGAUGUGAAACUAAUUAUUUGAAUAUAAUCACUCUAAAGCUAAGCUGUGACAGGUUUGGUACAGCUGCACGGGUGGGGUUUUUUGGCAGAUUUCCUAAGGUUCCCGUUACUGUCUCUAACAGGGAUUUCCCUGCAAGAACUGUCUUCUACAGCUAGAGUGACAGGAAUUAAACAUGGCAGCUUUUUCUAUGGUGUAUCUUCAUCACAGGAUUCUUGAGGAAAAAACAAAUUCUCCUCCAGCCAAGAGAAUGAUACUACAAGAGUAUUUUAAAACAACUGUGCUACGACAACUGCAUUUCAACUCAGCUAGCUGUUCGCUGGGUCAGCUGCAGGGACGGAUCAUGCCAACAUGCCCUCCCUGCGUGAACUUACCCCUGCCAUUUGCCUCCAUGGGAUUGCUUAUAAUGGUGGGCUCUCAAAAUGAGCUAAGGCAAGUGCUGCAGACACAGAGUAAUAGCUGCUCAGCUCCCCUCCAGCGCUGGCUCUGUCCUGCUGGAAAAGCCUGCGGGAUCGCUGCCGAACGUUAAUAGCGGAAGAUCUCUAGAAAUGAAUGCACUCACGUGUAUACACAACCAGGGACUGGUUUUCAUUCGCACGCAAGAUCUUUGCUACUGGAUAGAGAAUUGGGGUUGAUAUGAUAUUUAAGUAUUUUGCCUGAUUAAUUUCCAAUUAAUUUCACAUAAGCAGAUGAGUUAAACUGGCUGGGAGGCUGGUGGGGUGAGACUAAGGGAACUGUACUAAAAUGGUGGAGGGUAGGAGAAACAGGAAUGAACAAAUCAGCAGAAAUUUGUUUUGCUUUUUAACUAAAACAUGCCAGUGUUUUGUUGGUUUUGUUGGAAAGAAACCUUUUCAGAGUUGUGUUUCUCUCUUACCUGGUCUAAAAGAUUAGGAAAAAAGUAUACUUUUACAUGAAAAUUUCAAUUCUGACAUAGUUUUAAAAAAAUCCAUUCGGAAAACAAAUUGUUGCAGAUAAAGCGUGUGGGAGAAUUUUCCUCUCCUGUCUCUGGCUGGGAUGGCAUGAACCC